AUGUCUGGAGGUCUAAUUAUUAUGUGGAAUUCUAGGAAUUUGGAUGUUGUAUGCAGUUUUAGGGGUGUUGGAUAUUUAGGUGUUAAAGUUAUUUUGAUGGAGAGGUUGUACUAUAUAUGCAAUGUUUAUUCUCCUUGUAGUCUUUCUUUAAAAUGUAAUCUUUGGAACAGUCUGUUGGUUUUGAAAGAUAGAUUUAAUGAUGGAGAAUGGCUGAUAGGAGGAGACUUCAAUGCUGUUAAAAACAGAGGGGAGAGGAAAGGUAGGACAGCGGUCGGAAAUCAUGCGGAAUGGGACGAAGUUUCUAGUUUCAUUAACGAUAUAGGGUUGUUGGAUGUUUCUUGCAAAGGAAAGAAAUUCAGUUGGUUUAGUAGUGACGGUAGACCGAAAAGUCGCAUAGAUCGCUUCUUGGUGUCUAGUAAUAUAGUGAAUUGGUGGGGCGUUAUAGGGCAACAAAUUGGCGAAAGGGACAUCUCCGUUCACUGUCCAAUUUGGCUUGUUGCGGAUAAGAAGGAUUGGGGACCGAAGCGUUUCAAAUUCAAUAGUGAAUGGUUUCAAAAUAAGGAUUUUAUUGGAUUUUUAGAGAAAGAAUGGAAGGAGUUGGAAGUACACGGGCGUGGGGAUUUUGUUUUGAAGGAAAAGCUGAGGCUUCUUAAAAGUAAGCUUAGAUGGUGGAACACAAACGUCUUUGGUAAGAUAGAUAUGGAGUUGGAGGAAGGAGUUAAGGAGAUUAACGUCAUUGAUAAUCUUCCUUUGGAUGUGGAAAAGGAGGUGGGAGAAAGACAGAAGGCGAAUAGGAAAUUUUGGACGCAACUUAAAAUUAGGGAGAACGUGUUAAUCCAAAAAGCGAGAUUGAAGUGGCUCAACGAAGGUGAUGAUAAUAGUAAGUAUUUUCACGCGGUCGUGAAGGGGGGAUUACGAUGCAAUUUCCUCGGUCCAAUUUCUACGUCUACCGGGUUACUUAGUAAGGCGGAGGAAGUAAAGGAGGCGGUAUUUGAACAUUUUGAGACAAAAUUCAAGGAGACCGGUCCUUGA